AUGUAUCAAAAAAUCGUUUUCGAAGAUGAACAAUCUAAAUACGAGUCACCAGCCACCGCCACUCGAAAUUUAAUUCGUAGAGUACAUGGUAUUGAGGAAGAAAAAAUUAGUACAAUCGGAAGAAGAUUACGUUCUCGACGGCCUUCAACUCAUCCUUAUGCCCCUGCCACCCCUUGUAAUCGGCUGAAACCCCACAAUUGUCAUUGCAACGUCAGCACUCUGAGUAAUGAAUACAUUGAAUGUUUGAGUGCAAGGAUUAAUCGUAUAGAAGAUUUGGUUAAAAAUCUUUGCAAAAAUACUAAAGUCACGACUACUGAAAAUUCUGAGAACAGGAAAUCCUUUUUUGCACCGUUCACGAUCCUUCGGUCUGAUGUGGAUUUUUCGAGAAUGGAUAUCGAUGAAUUGGUUUCCUUUUCUAAUAAAUUGGGAGCCAAAUUAUUUGGAGAUAGUGUUAUCAGUAACAAUCAACAAGAAAGCGAAGAAAUACUACAUAAAGUUAAUCGCAUGGACAUUCGUGCCAUUAUCAACAAUAACAAGGAAAACUAG